AUGGGACAUUCCCGUUUAUUACAUUAUCAAAAUUAUAUAUCACCGUAUUUUUUGAAUCGAGGUGAUUCAUUAUAUUUAUGGUAUCAUCGUGAAUAUUCUCCCUCUGAUAAAAUUAUUGGCAAUUCCAAUAAUCCAAGACAUAUUAAUUUUAAUUAUGAAUGGAGAGAAAAGUGUAAAUGUGGCGAUGUUCAUUUGAAAGCUUACGAAAAUGAUUGGAAUGUUUUAUAUUCUCCUGAUUAUCCAGAAACUUAUUGCGAUUCGAUGAGUUGUUUAUGGCAUUUAGAAGCACCAGAAGGCUAUCAUAUAGUUGUUAAUAUUUCAGAAUUUUACACAGAAAUGGAUCAUGAUUUUUUGACAAUUUUUGAUGGAAAAGAUACCGAGCAAGAACAUAUGGAAAUGUUAAUUUUUAUUUAA